AACGGCAUACAUCCCGGCAGUGGCUGCCCGAGUGCGGCACCGACACAAACGUUGUACACGUCGCCCGGACGGACAUCAAUCGUACUAUUAUUGCCAUUAAUAAUUAUCAUUGACGUUUUGCAUACUGUUGUUAUUAUUACGUAAAACAAUAAUAUCAUAACAACAGUCAACAAUACGACGACGGAAACGGUAACAUAUUUUAUACGUCUCAUGCACGGUUUUAUGAGCGAUUUUGUUUCAAGGGCGCCCCGCCAAAAGUUUUACCGUUUCGACUUUUCGUACGACGGUACACGAUUAUAGUAUUAUAGGAUAAUACUAUAAUACCAAUUGGCUAUUGUGAGCCCGCGAGUCGCGACGACGGCAUACCUGUUUCAUAUUUAAAAAAGAUUCAAUCCGGGACGCGAUCGUCGAAACCAACUAUGCAGUUCCUACACCACUUUAUAGCUUCCGCUAAUCAAUAUAACACAAGACAUUACAAUUAACAAUAGUUUAUUUUUUAUUGUUAUCUUUCAACCGCACACGACGACUGACUAUAUAGUAAUAUUGUUGUCUACCGAUCGUUGCGAUAGUUUACGUCGUUUACGACCGUCGUGCCAGUGCGUAUGCUUUUGACAUGAUCGCGUAUACUGUUACACUCAUUAUAUUAUGCACCUGAGUACCUGACCAACACUGGUGACCCACAACAGCUACACGGAUUCCGGAUACUAUAACAAUUGUUAAUAUUGUUAUUAAUUUACAACGACGGAAAUCGGUCGGUCCCGUUGAUCGUUAAAGGAUGCGUUUACCCGACCACGGAUUCGCACUGAUCGCCGCAGAUGCACGCGUUUUCGUCGACGAGGUGUCGACAGACAAGAUGUUGUCAACGAUGGUUGUUCGCAAACUGUUUUUAGGCCAGCGGGAUAAACAACUGCAGUCCAUUAAAAGUGAGAAGGUUGCCGAAGACAACGGCGACAUAAAUAUGGAUUCUGGAUUCUUGUCCGGUGGCAAUUUGUCUGGUGAUAAUAUGUUAUCCAAAGAGGAGCAUAUUGAAGACGACAUCAAGCACGAAGAGCUCAACGAUAUACAGCAGAAGGAAACACCAAAAACAACCAUAGACAGUGACAUGGACAACCCGAGUAAAGUUUAUAUUGACAAAAAAGUAUGGCAAUUUUAUUUUCAACAGAAUGACGAUGGUGACACGCUACUUCAUCUUGCUAUUAUCCAUGGAUACAUCCAAGUAUCAAAACGAUUAAUCGAUAUUUGUCCAGAUUCCAAAAUGUUAGAUAUACGAAAUGAUGAUGGCCAAAGUGCUCUUCAUUUGGCUGUUAUGACAAAUCAAUGUGAAAUUGUGAAACACCUAAUGAAGGCUAAUGCCAAUGCAGAAAUAUUAGAUUAUAAAGGCAAUACAGCUGUUCAUUUGGCAUGUUAUGAUGGAAAACUAGAUUGCCUGAAAAUAUUUGCUAAUUACGUAUUACUGCCGAAAAUAUUUGAUACUAUUAAUUAUGAUGGUUUGGCAUGUAUUCAUAUUGCAACAAUUGCUAACCAUCCAAAACUAAUUAGAUUUAUUGUUAAUACUUCAAAAAAUGUGAAUAUCAGGGAUCAUAAAAGCGGAUACACAGCAUUACACUUUGCUGUAGCUCUAAAUAGAGCUAAUCUAAUUGAAUGUUUAAUAGACAAAGUCGAUCCAAACAUUGAAAGUUAUGCUGGAAAAUUAGCAUUUGAAGUUGAAGAUGAAGAAGAUGAUUAUGAUGAAGAUAAAGAAGAUGAUGAAAUUUCUGACGAUCUUAUGAAAUCGGUGAAUGCCCUUCAGUUACCUAAUAACAAUUCAAUCAAGUGUUGAAGAAUUUACAUACCAUUGUUGUUUUAUUUUUUCCUAUAUUAGCAUUCAGCCUAAAACCACCUGAUUAUAAUUUCAUUAUUAUUUUUAAAAGUAAGAUUUAUUUAAAUUGGUUCAUUAAUAGUUGAAUUUUUAUCUUGUACUUAUUAAAUUAUUAUUGAUUUCCCCUCUUUUUUGUGUAAUAAUAUUAUUGGAAUGUAUUUGAUAUGCAUGUUAACUUUUUUAAUUGUUGGAAAUGUCCAAUGAAUGUUAUGUGAAUGGAAUAUUUUUGUAAGUGACUGGUGAUUUUUUAAUAAAUGUAUUUAUAUGUUAAAUAUAA